UUUUAUGAAUUCAAAGGGUGGUGGCUCAAUUCAACGCAGUUUAUGGAGAAGCGAAUAAUUAGGGUGCGGUCCCGCGUGACAUCUUGAGCGUCCUGAAUCCCGCAAUAAAAAGGGAGCCCAGCUCGACAGUGAAUCACAACUGUCGUCGAAGCUGAAGCAACACAACCGUCUGCAAGAACCAAGGUAGAAAAUGAUUUCAAAAAUGAUCGUGUUAUUAGCGAUCGUGACUCUGCUGAGCUUCUGCAGCCCGGCGUCCAGUUUCGCCUUCAUGCCUCUCGUCUCCCGUACAGACGACGCCGUCAUCAUCGAUUUUGACGGUGUAGGAUAUGCUCCCUCUUAUCAAGGCAAGACGCUGUACGGCCAAAUAACCAAUCCAGGAUUCGUGCCGCUACCAUCCUUCAAUCCUUAUUACCCAGCCAUGUAUCGCCAGCAGGAGCAAACGCCCAAUGGAUUUGUCUACUCAUACGGUUAUCCUACUCCCCUUGCUCUUGAAGAUCUUUUGCCCGUUAGGCAAACAGAAGCACCGACUUGUGGCGCUGGACCGACUGCCAUGCCCGCAACACGGGCAUUGACAAGCGAAAGGAUCGCUGGCGGAACCUCAGCCAAAAAGAAUGCUUGGCCUUUCAUGGUAGCCCUCAAGAAAACCGAUAACAAAUUAAUUUGCAGCGGAAGUUUGAUUAGUAACAGAAGAGUUUUGUUGGCGGCUCAGUGCCUGGAAAAAAUGUCUCUGUAUGAGUUAAGUACUGUGACUGUAUUGGUUGGGAUGUUUAAGACGGACCAAUCCGACGUCCCAAUGACAAGGAGGAUCAGCAAAUUGUUUCUUCACAGGCAAUACAAUGCUGCCACCUAUGCCAAUGAUAUCGCCAUCAUUGUAAUGGACGCGCCCGUGGUUCUUUCCAGGAGUGUUGCCCCCGUUUGUUUGCCAGCGGCCGAUACAGACAUCGACACAUUCAACGACCAGGAUGCCAUUAUUUUGGGAUGGGGAGGAGGAACUGAUGAUGACGGAGACGUCAUACCAUUCAAUAACCUGCAACAAGCCAAGGUUUCGAUUCAGUCCAACACCGACUGCAAAUCGGUGGGAGACCUUAGUAGAUUUGUUUCGGACUCAACUAUCUGCGUUACUUCUACUGCUGAUGACAAAUUCACAUGCACACCUGAUGACAUCGGCGGUCCAGUAGUUAUUCUUACGGCGCCAGGGACUUGGACCAUUCUCGGUAUCAACAGCUACACCAAAGAUUGCAAAACUCCUGGCCUUAAAACCAGAGUGCCGGCGUUGAGGACUUGGAUUGACCAAUACUUGACCGCUUAAACAUAGUUUACCCCCCAAGGACGACGACCAACGUGAAACGACAUGAUUAUGAAAUUCCAACUCUUUUCUUUUUAGAUUUUAGUUAUUAUAUUAUUUCAGAAUUUUACUUUACGGUUUCGGCUGGUUAAUAUUGAUUAUUCCAAGCCGUAUGUAAUGCAUGAGUGCAUAACCCGAUUCAACAACGUUUGAAAAUACAUUAGCUCCAGCAAGUAAAUACCA